UGGCACGUGAUCAAAAUUAUAGGGUUUGGAAAAAACCUUUCACCCUCUUUCUUCCUUCCUCCUGCAUCGGUCGCGUCUCGCGUCUUCCUCCAUUUGUCUGCACACGGUUUCUGUUUCAGGUCUGAGGUCUCUGCUCACAUUUUUGAGUAAACAGUCAAUUUAGUAAAAAACUAUUACCAUCUUAUCAAUUUAGUCCAUGAACUAUACUCAUAUCUAUCUCCUCUUUCUGUUAUUCUUUUGUUAAACGACCCAUUUUCUAAAACCCUAAAAUAUAUUUUAUCCUCUCCUUCCAUAUAUUCUUUGACAGCCGCCAACUGUUCUGCUCUUCGGCAACGGUCGUUUUGUUUUCAGCUGACCUGUCUCGCCGCUAAAAACCAGGGCCAUUUGCUUUUCAAAUUUGUGCAAAGAGAUUUGACAGACAGAGAUGGUCUCGGUGGGUUCAAAAGCAUUACCAUCAAGAAGCUGCUCAACGGGUCGAGGCAGCGCCGCCGCCACCAAGAGUAAGAAACCUAAGAAGGGUAGUACUGGUGAUGAUGCCGCCGCAUUCGACGACACACAUACGCACCAUAGGAACACCUUCAGCUCUGCACCACAUCAACAACAAUCGCGUAUUAGGAAACAGGUUGACCCUGAAACAACUAAAUACUUGUCUGAAAUCGCUAAUCUUUUUGAAAGCGACAGUGUUGAAUUGGAGGAACGAUCACUGAUAUGUGCCAAUGCCCUAGAAGAAACAAAGGGAAAAGAAUUUGAAAUUGCAACUGAUUAUAUUCUCAGUCACACUUUAGAAACCAUCCUCCAAGGUUGUGAUGUUGACAACCUCUGCUCUUUCCUUCAAAGCAGUGCCAAACAAUUCCCCUUCAUCGCCAUGGAUAGAUCCGGUUCUCAUGUUGCCCAGACAGCCAUCAACUCUCUCGCCUAUCAUCUUCAACACGACGACGUUCGCCCUCUCGUCGAGGAGGCUUUAACAGUCAUAUGUAAGGUCAUUGCGGCCAAUUCUGUUGACGUCAUGUGUAACUGCUAUGGCUCCCAUGUGCUUCGGACUCUUAUUUGCCUUUGUAAAGGAGUACCCUUAGAUAAGUCUGGAUUCUAUUUGUCCAAAUGCACUACGGCACUAGCUGAACGCUUGAAUUUCAAACACUUCUCUUCGAACAAAGAUGAUUUUCAGCAUGGCUUCCCAAAUUUAUUGAAUUUACUUGUGUCAGACAUCUUCAACCAUGCUACAAAAUACAUCAAGUUCCUACAACUUGACCAAUUUAGCAGUUUGGUUUUUCAGACAACUCUACGGGUACUGGCAGGCAAUGAUGAAAUGUUGUUAGAUGUCAUUCCUAUCCUUCUUGGCUGCAAGAAUAAGAACAAUGCAAAGGGGAAUUUUAUAGAGGGUACAGUAGUGCCGGAUCUCAAGAAUUUGUUAAAAGAACCUGGCUUUAGCCGUCUAAUGGAGGUUGUUUUGGAAGUCUCUCCCUUGGCCUUGUUCAAUGAAUUGUUCACAAAAGUAUUCAGGAAUUCCUUGUUUGAGUUAUCAUCUCAUCAACAUGGGAACUUUGUUGUUCAAGCAUUGAUUUCCCAUGCAAGCGAUCAAGAUCUGAUGGAGCUGAUCUGGGAUGAACUUGGGCCAAAUAUGGAGAGUCUUUUCCAAAUGGGAAGGUCAGGAGUGGUUGCUUCACUUAUUGCUGCAUGUGAAAGGCUUCAUGUUAACGAACACAAGGUUUGCAAUUUAGUUACUGUAUCUAUGAUUAGUGGAUUCCUAUCUAAUUGGUAUUACUUUUACUACGUACUGAAGUUAUUUUACUUUCUUAAUUUUGUUCCACAUCUUUAUGAAAAGUUUAAUUGCCUUUUUGUUCCUUUGUGGCAGUGUUGUCAAGUCCUUGCUAAAACAGUGAGUUUAGCAGACGAGUCUUCUAAAUGGAUUGUUCCCCGACUACUAUUUCUUGAUAGCUAUUUCACCUUUGAAGAUAAAUCCAAUUGGAUCUGGCAAAGUGGUGCUAAAAUGAAUGUCAUGGGUUCUCUGAUCUUGCAGACAAUAUUUCGGUUUAAUAGUGAACACAUAAAACCUUAUGUAACCAGUAUAACAUCCAUGGACACAACUCAUGUUCUUCAAACGGUGAGAGAUGCUAGAGGAUCACAUGUUAUUGAGGCUUUUCUGUGUUCAGGUGCUCCUGGGAAACAUAAGCGCAGAUUGGUUACAAAACUACAGAGGCAUUUUGGAGAGGUUGCACUACACUCAUCAGGUGCUUUUACCAUUGAAAAGUGCUUCACCGCUUGUAAUCUAUCGCUAAGAGAGACUAUAGUGUCUGAACUACUGGCUGUGCAAAGUGAGCUGUCCAAGACAAAGCAGGGCUCUUACCUAUUGAGGAAAUUAGACAUCGAUGGAUAUGCUGCAAGUCCUGAUCAUUGGAGGUCAAAGCAAGCAUCCAAAGAAUCUACUUAUAAAGAAUUUUAUGCUACUUUUGGCUCCAACGAUACAAGGUCAAUGAAAAAUGAUGGGUUUCUUGCUGACACUUCAAAUAAUAAAUCUAAUCCAAAUAAUGUGAAGGAAAUGAGAAAAGAAAUUGACCAAUCCCUUGGUUCUUCAUCAUUUCUGAGCAUGGAUGGCUUUAACAGAAACCCAAAAAAAGCAAAGCAGAAAAACAAGAAAAAUGCUGAGAUUGGUGUAAAUGAAGAUGACUCUAGUAGGAAAAAGAAAAGGUCUAAGAAGGAAAAGGUUGAAAGUGGACAUGAUAUUGCUGCUGCUGCUGAGGUAGCCAGGAAAAAUGCAAAGAAACGUCAAAGAAAUCGUGAUAUAUCUGAGGCUUCUGGAAAGAAAUUAAAGACAUCAGACGAGUAGAGUGCAAGACAGUUUUGUUUAUUGAAUUUUAAGAAAAAUGAUGGCAUUAAUCACAGUUAUUUUAUUUCCUCUUUGCUAGUAAUAUUGUAUCAUUUACCAUCUGUAGUGAGCAGUUAGUUACUGCAAAAUAUAGAAAAUUUUCCUCCAAUGAAUUCCCCUCCCAUGUAUUCACUUUACUGCAAA